UCGUCGGGCGGCGCCGAGAGCCAGCUCGAGGCGGCGACGGCAGCGCCCGCCAGCUCGGAGGAGGACGUGGUGCUGCGGCUGUCCGAGUCGGACGGCGCUGAACCGGAUGGCGGACUGUCCGAGGACGAGGAUCGCCUGCUACGCGACGAGCCCGCCGCCAAGCGGUCCUCGCCUCCGGCGCCGGUGUCGGCCGCGUCCGAGCCAGCCUCGCCCGCCUCUGCCGACGAUGCGGCGGGCGCCGCCGACCCGGUGGACUUGCCCGACGACAUGUUCGAGAGUGCUGCCGCCCUCAACGCGGCCGAGGAGGAGGAGGAACGCGAGAGGCGCGAGUCCAAGCAGCGUGCGCUCGCCUGCCUCGAGGCGGCCGACUCGCUGGACGCCAGCGAGAUGGGCGAGGCGGCGGAUUCCAUGGACGCGUGCGACGCCGGCGAGGCGACGGAUUCCAUGGACGCUUGCGACGCCGGCGAGGCGUCCGACUCGAUGGACGCGUCAUACCUGCAGGUGGCGGCCGACUCGCUGGACGCCGGCUGCGAGGCAGACGAGGCGGGCGAGCCGAGCCCAGCCUCCGGUGAAGUAGCCGUUCAGACGGACCCUGAGGAGGAGCCCAGCGAAGCGCUCUCCGGCGAGCCGGCCGAGCCCGACGACUCGGCCGGGCCGGACCCCGACGAUCCGGGCGAUGCCGACGGUCCGGACCCGGCGGCGGACGAUACGGACGACCCGCCCGCCGCCGGCGGUCGUAAGCGGCCUUGCUCGCCGUCGGACGCGGCGCCCGACGCCAGCAAGGUGCGCCGGGUGGAGCCGUCUACGGCCGCUGCGACCCGCACCAAGAACUUCAUCGAGGUCAAGAAGGUCAAACUGAGCGAGGACAACAUGCGCCUACUGCAGGAGUCGAACGAGCGCGAGCGGCGUCGGCUGGGCGACCUGGUGCUGGACAAGAUGUGCGAGUCGAUCGCCUGCCGGAGUGUUAUCGGCGAGAGAGAAGCAGUAGGUGAUCUGCAUCUGGUGGUGCGCAAGCUGUCGGCCGAGCUCAAGUCACGCCGCGCGCCCAGCUAUCCGGUCAAGAUCACACGCACCGUCGGCCUUCAAGUCACGCUGGCGAAGAGCGUGCCACCGCUGACGAGCCGGCCGCGUCCCGCCCCCGGCGCCGCCGCCGCCACCCCGGCAGCCAACGGCGUGCUGCGCGCCCAGCUCAGCUCGCCCAUGCGGCCUCGGAUGCCGGGCAGGGCGCCGCUGAGUCCGGCGCCGGUGCCACUACAGCGCACCGGGCUGGGCGCGCUGCCCGGGGCCUGGACCCGGCUCUGGUCAGGGCCUGGACCCGGCUCUGGUCAGGGCCUGGACCCGGCUCUGGGCUCGCCCCGCCGGCCGGCCGGAGCGACGACGACGGUUUCGCGCGUGGUGGGAGCCGUCAGCCCGGGUCGAGGCCGCGGUGUUGGCCACCCGGCGCCGUUCCCGGUCACGCCGCCCAACCCGGCUGUGCACACGGGUCAGCUGCUGCCGCCGCCGCCCCGGCUCAAGGUCACCAGGCGCGCUAACGGCAUCGUGCUGUCCUGGACGAUGGACCUGACGCCGCGGCACGCCGGGGUGGUCAGCUACCACCUGUUCGCGUACCAGCAGGCGGGACCCGUCAACCCGCGCGCGAACCCCUGGAAGAAGGUCGGCGACGUCAAGGCGCUGCCGCUGCCCAUGGCCUGCACACUCACACAGUUCCAGGAGGGGCACAAGUACCACUUCGCCGUACGCGCCGAGGACAGCUUCCGUCGGCGCGGCCCGUUCUCGAACCCGAGCUCGAUCGAGCUGCUGGGCCCCUCCUAGCUUCCGGCCGG